AAGAAACCCGCGGAAUACUAUCUUGAGAAAGAGCUUAGUGAUGAUGAAAAAAGUAAAAUAAUUGUCGAUGACUUGGUGGGACUGCUUGAAAACUUAAACACCUUAACAGAUCGCAAUUACAAUGCGUCUAGAGAUUUCGUGAUGGAUCAAAAAGCAUUUAAUUAUGUGGAUCUAUUGAAUGCUUUCGAUAAUGUUGUCAGUAAAAUAAAUUCGUAUGAUGAUAUAUUAAUGGAAUUGCGGAAUAAAUUCGGUUAUAAUUUGGCUAGAUAUUGUCCGGUAGUAUCAAAUAUUACUAAAAAUAUUACUUUAGAAAAGAAGGGAAUAAUCUUCGUCAAAUAUAAUCAACUUCAAAAUCUGAAGCGCUACAUCAAUAACUACAAAUUUUACGAUUCUUGUGGAAAACGAGCCUUAACGGAACAACUAUUCAUUAAUUUUUACCAACAAAUGGUUACUACGUAUCUCAAAGAAUAUGUCGUACGUUAUUAUCUAGAUGUCAUCAAUCGACAGUGUCCUGAGAAAAAUCUGAUACGUACCAAGAUGGAUGAAUUUAUCAUGAUAAAUAGAUUGCAGAAUCAUAUAAAUUCUUAUAAUGAAGAAUCAAAGGGAUUUUUACCUUACCUUUACAGAUGCGACCCACCAAAUUAUGAUAACAGUAAUGAAACAAAAUAUUACGAGUUUACUAGAAUGAUACAGGCUUCAAUAGUAAAAGAGGAAGAUCUAGAUAUCCAUAAAUCUUGCAGACACAAUUGCGAUAUAAACACUAUUAAAAAUUCUAUGAAUUUAACGGUGUGUCAAGGAUAUCGUAGGUGUCAAUAUGUUGGCAAAAGUUUGGAGAUAUGUGAAUUGCCGGACAGUGAUCAAUCGGGACGAAAAUAUCAAUGGUUCAAAAAUAGCGAGGGAUUAUUCUGUGGUGACAAUAGUACUGAAUGUAAGACGCCUGUUAAAACAGUGUCCAGUAUUCUGUCAUUAUCAAACUUUUGUUCAUUUGAUUACUGCCUGUGUACCUGCGUAAAAAAAAAAAUUGUCGAGAGACGA